CAAAGUUCAUCCUGGUUAGGAUAGGAUUAGGUACAGCCUAUCCCAGCUGACUUUGAGUGAAAGGCGGACUACAUCCUGAACUACUGUACACACAACCAUCAAUGACUAAUAAUUAAUAAGAAGUUUAUCCAUUUUCUGAGCCGUUUAUCCUCACAAGGGUCGCGGGAGUGCUGGAGCCAAUCCCAGCUAUCAUAAGGCAGGUGGCGGGGUGCUCACACUCACAAUUACACCUAGGGACAUUUUCAGGUGUGCGUACCACUACACCUCAAAAUUUUUAAAUUUCAAAAUUAACUAUUCAAUUUGCUGUUUGAGUUUGUUGAGAGAAAUGCAACACUGAUCCAGAGCUCUUCUUAAUGUUUAUAUGAAUUCUGCAAUUUACGGGGAAAUAAAAUUUGCGAGUAUGUUUCUGUUGGUGUAGGAUUUUUUUUUUUUUUUUUUUGCUCUUGUCAAAAAUAAUUCAACACAGAUGUGAAGCAGUUGUCAGGAAAAAAUGGUUAGACCACCAAAUAUUAGUUCAGUUAUUCAUGGGAAAGCAACAUCCUCAGACUGAUACCUCAAAUGUUUGAUUUUGUCAAGAACAAUGCUACACAAAUGGGAAGCAGUUGACAUAAAAGGCUUUUAAACAACUAAAAGUUAAAUUUGAAGAGUGAUUCGCUUCAAAGCAACCUAUUCAAGUUCAUACGGAAAACAUUUGUGUUAUGUCGAAAAAUGCUAAAUAAAUUAGAAGCAAUUCUCAGAAACAACCCGUUGCCUCCAGUUCAUCUGCAGGUCCUGCUGGCCGUGCUCCUGGCAGUCUUCUGCUACUGUGUGGUGCUCGUCUUCAUCUUUUGCUGUCGGUCAAAGAAGGACGUGCCUUCAGAUGACAACGAGGUGGGCAUUGUGUGCUCUCACCCCAACGAGCGUGUGACUGUGACGGUGACGCCUGCGUUGUCCACACGGUCCGUCCGGCAACAGUAUGAAGAGCUGGAUGGUGACGUACUGGACAACACGUCCUCUAAAACCAGCUCAUCCCCGUCUGAGGAAGACCUCAGCGAUGUCGCGUUCGAUUCCACGUCCUCGUCCCCAAUUCAUCGCCUGAGUUCGCCUCUUGUCCCUUUGGCGUCCCGUAAGAAUUCCAGCCACGGCCGUGUGUCCUUGCCCUCGCUUACUAAGCUAGUCCCUAAAUCACGUUGGGCAAAAGCCCGCCGAAGCACCGUGAGUGGGGAAAGUUUUAGCCGCCAGGGUCCGCUUUCUCCAUCACAGUACGGCUCCAUUACAUCCUCCGUCCCUGCCAAGACGCCCGCUUUGCUUCACUUCUCCCUGCUCUAUUCCUCAAGUGGCACACUGGUGGUCAACAUCCUGGGGGUGUCUGGGAGGAGGCACAAUAACAGGGUUUUUGUACGGGCCAGCCUGCCUCCGCUUUGCCCGGUACCACACCAGGUGGGCUCCCGACGCCGCAGUUUCAGCCCGGAGCUACAGAGCCAGAGCGUGGUGCUUCAAGUGGGCUCUGUGGAGAUGCUGCGGGCAUGCACAUUGAGACUGGAGGUCUAUGGCCGGGAUUUCUCUGGCUUGCGGGAGCUGGCGCUGGGUGUGGUGGAGCUUCCCUGCCAGCACAUGGACUGGGAGUCAGACACAACAGCAACCUGCACCAGGCAACUCAGCCUCACCAAGACCAAACUCAAGAAGAGUGUGAGCUCUCAGGACACGUGGUCGCGCAGGAAGAGCUCUCUCUGUGCUCCGCGAUCGUUGGGCCAGCUCUUUGUGUUGCUCCAAUAUCAGGCGCCGGCGCGUCGCAUCAAGGUGAUGGUGCGGAAAGCCGACCAGCUGGCCAAGCUCACGCGCAUCCCUGGAGCUCCAGACCACUACGUCGUCAUCAACUUGCAUCACGAUGGAAACGUGAUCAGUACCAAGGAGACCAAAGGAUCCGGCGGUUCGAGUCCCGUUUGGAACGCUCCCUUCUUAUUCGAUUUACCGCCAGGGGAUGUCACUCAGUUACCGUUGAUCCUCGAGUUCAUUGUCAUGCAGGCUCGUCUCUACACCAAGAGCAGCAUUUUGGGCCGCGUGCUGAUUGGUGGCCAUGUUUCGGAGGCGGGGCGAGGACACUGGAAAGAAAUGUGCACCCGGGGCCCAGUGGAGACUGCCCAUUGGCACGCCAUCCAAACAGACGGGUAGAAGGAGUAGUUGACAAAAGACUUUUAACGCUUUUGUGUUUGUGUUUCUUUCAUCGGAAAGUGUCCAUGUAUACCAUUCUCUACUGCAAAUCAUACAAAAUACAAAAAGCAUUUGGCGCAUACUACCAUUACACCCGGAAGCAUGUAGUUAUUCUUGUAAGCUUACCUGGCUAAUAUUGUUGUUGUUAUUUAUGUAUUUAUUUAUUUAUUUAUUUAUUUUCCAAUGGACUGUUUUUUUCAUGCAGUUGGAACUAUCGCAUUUCAGUCUCUAUUACCGUAUUUUCCGGACUCUAUGUUGCUCUGUAGUACAAGUCGCACCAGCCAUAAAAUGCAUAAAAAAGAAGAAAAAAACAUACAUAAGUCGCACUGGAGUAUAAGUCGCAUUUUUGGGGGAAAUUUAUUUUUAUAAAAUCCAACACCAAGAACAAACAUGUCAUUUAAAAUUUAAAUGUAAACAACUAAAAAAUUUAAGAUAAAAAUAGAAUAGCGGCAACAACAGACUGAAUGAUACGCUUACGUUACAUGACACAACUGAGAACAUGCCUGGUAUGUUGACAUAACAUAUUAUGAGUUAUUCCGAUAACUAUAGCAUAAAUAAUGAACUAAGAAGUUUACUAAAACCAUCUGUGUCAUUCCAAAUAACUAAAAUCCAAUGAAAUGUUCAUCCUCGGUGUCACUUCUAAACAAAUCCGCCUACUCCAGCGGUAGACGACGCGCCAUUUCCUCUUCUACGUCGCUUACGUCGGACUCAUCGUCGGUUGCAGUUACAACUCGCCUAUUCCAGCCUUUCUGAAUCUCGACAGGAUGGUUUUGGAAGCCCGUACUUUGUCGAGCCAUCCUAUGACUUGAAAGUUGCAUGGCGGAUUCACCCGGAAGCUGUGCUCUCCGUCGGUCAUCCACUGCUCUCAUAGCAGGGGUCGGGAACCUCUGGUUCGCGAGCCAUACCUUGCUCGUUUGGUGGUUGCAUAAUGGCUCGCGGAGAACCUCAUAACGGCAUACUGUACAUGUGAUUUCUGUUGUGAGCAACGCAAAUGUUGCAGAGAAGGUUUGUCCUGGUGGGGUUGCCGGAGUUCACAGGCUUCAUGUUGAACGCCGAUCGUGUCGGAACAACUACGUAAUUAUGGAAACGCUUUUGACAAAGGUCGCUCAAAAAAAAAAUAAGUGAGUACAACAAUGGACAGCCUUUGUGGCGAGGGAGGGUCUCAACACCUGCAUGAAGCUUAAUCUAACGACGUAUGAAGGACAAGAAGUCGCAUUAAUUUUAAGUAUUUUUGUCAUUAUUGGUUAGCAUCAUCAUAACAAUGUUAUUUAAAAUAAUCUGCAGAGUAUGAUUUUCUCUUCCUUCUCAGUUGUUAUAAUUUACAGCUAAUGUUGAAAUGCUGAUUUUUCACAAGUAGCACGUACAGAUACACGACCCUAGAGCCCCCUCUUACAGUUGUCAGUGUGAAAAUAACCGAUAACUGAAUCGGAAAAUUUGCAUUUUUCCAUCUCCAUUUUCUUUGCUGCUUAUCCGCACAAGGGUUGCAGGUGUACUGGAGCCUAUCCUAGCUGUCAACGGGCAGGAGGCAGGGUAUACCCUGAACUGGUUGCCAGCCAAUCGCAGAGCAGAUAGAGACAAAUAAAUAGAGACUGCACUCACAACCACACAAAGGGGAAAUUUAGAGUGUCCAAUGAAUGUUGUAUGUUUUUGGGAUGUUGGAGGAAACCGGAGUGCCCGGAGAAAAUCCCACGCAGGGACGGGGAGAACAUGCAUACUCCCCACAGGCGGGUCCGGGAUUGAAACCGGGACCUCAGAACUUGUGAGGCCAACACUUUACCAGCUGAGUCAUUGUGCCGCCUGGAUGUAAUAAUGUGUUCAUAAUUUCAGAUAAAGGUGGCUCUGGAGAAUAAACUAGAAAAAACUGAGAUUUAUAGUUCGAAAAAUACAGUACAUCAUUUGUGAUUUUACUGCGUUUUAUACCUGGGGGUGGGUAUACUGUGUUUUUUCCCCCCAAGAUGUAAUUAUGUAUUCAAAAGAAUGUAAAUGUAUUAAGUGAAAUACUAAGUUGCUACAAUAUGAUGCUGGAAACUGGUUGCUAGUUGUUUAGCUUUCAGAACAAAUAAUUGCUGCUGCUUCUGAACUACUUUUGGCAUGGUUAGAUAUAUGGUAUAUGUAGCAGUGAGGUACUUUUGGAGGCGUAUGUAUUUUCACACCAAACAAGCCAUCUUUUGCAACUUGUUGCUAAAAUGGAGGUUUCUUGAUUGCAACACAGAAAAAGUAACAUUGAAAAAUUAAUACAAACAAAAAAAGAAAUUAAGUUGAAAGAUACAUUUGAAACAAAUCUGAAUAAAAUAAAAAUGACAAUAUAUUUACAUUUUUUGUUAAUGCAAUAAUUAUACUGUACAAUAUACUUUAAAUGUAAUUUAGUGGGCAAAAAUAAUCAAAGUUUAGCUUUAACCCAA